GCCAUUUGCAUCCAAGGACCGAAACAAAGACAUAUCCUCAUGACUUGAGCUGUGAGACGCGUCCCCAAGUCGUGAAAAUGAGUUUCUUUGGAAAACUGAAGAACCUACACACUGGACCUCCAGCUCCUCCUAGGAGGACGGAUAACAAUGCAGCAUAUGGGUGGCCGGAGGAUGAAUUUGAUGAUGACAAUGACAUGUAUGAAGCUCCUCCCUGUGAGCGACCGGCUGUCAAAGUGCCACCGAGAGAAGUGGAGGAGAACGUUUAUCUGGAGAGGACAUCCAAACCCGGUGUAACACCGAGGCAGGUUGCACCUCCACCCAGACCAAGCAAAUUCUCGGAUGCCAUCAGCAAACCACCUGAGGUCAUUAGAAGUGAUAAGCCAGGGAGGAAGAAGAUGCCGCUUCAGACAGUCCCUGUAGAGGAAGAUGUGUACCUGGAUCCAACUGAAGAAGCGGAGGAUGAUGAUGAUGACCUUUAUUUAGAACCAGAAGCAGCUUGCUCUCCUCCCCCGCGUGGGCCCAUGAAGAUGCCUCCGUCUCCCAGGACACCGGCACCUGCUCAUAUACCCUUAAAGAAGCCUUCAAUCCCCAGAGAUAAGUCUAAUUUUGUUUUGCCUCCGUUAGAGGACAGAAAAAGAGGUCCUUCGGCAGAAGAGCGACGUCCCACUUUUGCAAAACCACCUCCACCAAUUCCUGGUGCUAAGCCGCAUCUGCCACCAAACAUGAAGGAACCUAAAGCCAGCCCUCCAAAUCCUCCAAUACCAGACACUAAGCCUGUGGCCUCCCAUGGUGGUAUGAGGGUAACCAGACAAAACAGCCUAGAGGAUAGAGAAUGGUUUGCUGGUGACUGCAACAGAAAGACAGCAGAGGAUCUCUUACAGAGAAUCAACAAGGACGGUGCCUUUCUCAUCCGAUACAGCUCUGCCCAGAGCACGCACCAGCCCUACACCCUUGCUGUGCUUUACCAGGAGAAGGUGUACAACAUUCCCAUUCGCUUCCUGGUGGAAACUAAAGCCUAUGCUCUUGGAAAGGAAGGCAAAAAGAACGAAGAGACUUUCAACAGCCUGGAUGAAAUGAUUUCUUACCACAAGAAUAACCAACUGCUGCUGAUUGACAGCAAGAGCCAGGCCAAGCACACAGCACAUUUAACCCACCCUGUACGCACUUAAAACUACACUGCAACUACCUGUUCAGACGAAUCAUGAGGAUAAUGGCACAGUCACUCACUGCAGGGCUACUGGGUGUCAAUCCCAGAAAUGCAGUUUCAUCUUUAUGGAAUCUAUAACACAGUAAAAGUACUUUUUUUUUUUUUUUCGUUUUAAAUAAGUGAAAGGAGACAGGGUAACUUUCAGUGCACAGAGGUGUCGAAAAUCCUCAGUGACACACAGCUGCCUCAAGAUAGCAUGAAGUUCAGAGCUCAUCAACUUCGGUGCCUGUUUGCACCAUAUUGUCAUCGUAAUGAAUAGUUAACUGUUGAUGGUAGGCUCUUAAAAAAGGAAACUGUGCCAUUCAGUUUCUGUACCAGUCGUGCUGUGAGGAUGUUUAGCCUUACUGUCAUCAUUUUAAAAAAUACAAACUGUAAAGUUCUGCUGUUAUGAAGCAUUAAAAUGUCUCAAGAGCUUCACAGAAUGCAGCUAAUAUAUAUAUAUAUAUAUAUAUAUAUAUAUAUAUAUAUAUCUCUUUCCUGCUCAUUCAUAUUACAAUACUUAUGUGUGAUGCACCACUGAGAUAAAUAUCUGUAUGCACUACGAGUUUUAAUUUAAGUGUGUAUCUUUCCAUUUGGUUAUUUUAAUGACUUUGACCUAUUAUAUUAUGCUGUACUCUGCCUUUUCAGUGUAUUGUUGUAGAAAUUUGUGCAAAACAGACAAAAACUUUACAUUUGACCAUUUUCUUAACUUCCUCAUACACUUAUCUAUGUUUACUACUAGUCUUUAAUAACCACGAUUUGCCCUAGAUCCCAUAACUGAAAAUAAGUCUUUAUUUGGAGUUUCUGUGAUUUCUGUUAUUAUUUCAGAGAGUUAAGUACAUUGCAAAUGACUGAUGUUACUUGAAGUCCUUUAAGUAAACUCAGAAACCUGAAUGUUUAAAAUCUUUGCUUGUGGUAUAUCCUGGUUUCUGUGGGUGGAUGAGAGCUGCAUGCAGCUGCCGACCACACACUGGUGGUUUCACAUGCUUCCUGUGAGGGUUAAUCAUAAAACCAAACCUAAAACCACCUGGUAGAAUAAUUAGUGUGAUACUGUAUAAAGAAGUCAGGAGUCUCCCAGCUCCCAGUUUGCAUAUGUGAGACAGCUCUACUUUUAAAGCUGUAAUAAACUUUAUUAAAAAGAAAGCUUUUAUUUGGGGCUGGAUCAGGUGACCCUGAGCCAUGUCUUAGUUAUGCUGCAAUAGACUCGACCUGCUGUGUGUGUGUGUGUGUGUGUGUGUGUGUGGGUGUGUGGGUGGGUGGGUGGGUGGGGGGGUCUUUUCAUGUUGCACUGAGACUUUCUUCUUCACUUGCAGCUUUUCUUUUUCAAUGUGCUUAUACACCACUAUUGCAUUUAACCAUUAUCAGUGAUUAAACUCUGUCUCCAACUGUGUGCAGAACCUCCUUGAGUCUGGUUUUGGACUGAAGGUUCUUCCUGCUUUUACGGUGUUUUUCCUUCCUACACUCACCAGGUGCUUGGUCACAGAUUUUUGUCUAAUUCGUGUUUCUUUCUAAUAUUGUAGAUAAAAGAAUAAAAUAUGGUGGUGAGACCUGCUAUGAUGUGUUAUGUUUUGUUUGGAGAUGGCGGCACUGAUAAAUAGACAGAAGGCCAAGCUGGACGUGGCAGACUUGGAGAAGUUUUUCAUUGGGUGUG